AUGUCUGUCAUCCUCGUCACCGGCUCCUACGACCACGAGAUCCGCUUCUGGGAGGCGUGGAGUGGCAUCUGCUCGCGGACCAUCCCCAGAGCCGCGGAGUCCGGUCAAGUCAACCGUCUCGCGAUCUCUCCUGACAAACGUCUCCUCGCUGCGGCGAUUCAUAAGAAAGCAUACAUCUAUGAGAUUGCUGCUGCGCCGUCUGCGGGCCCGGUUGCUAUAUUCGAGGGACACAAUGGCAAUAUCACCUCGGUCUGCUUCCACUCCGAAGGCAAAUGGUUAGUCACCGGAAGCGAGGACGGUACCAUUAAAAUCUGGGAUCUUCGAAGUAGCAGCCACCUGCAUAGGAACUAUGAUAACGAGGCUCCCGUCAACGACGUCGUCGCCGGGCGAAUCAAGCAGUGGGACUUAUCGGAAAACAUCUGCACCCACGAGCUGACCCCCGGCGGAGACACGCCGAUUCGUUCCAUCAGUCUUGCCUCAGAUGGCUCCUGUCUCGUUGCUGGUAGCGUCAAGGGAAAGUGCUACGUGUGGAAGAUUAACGAGCGAUCGGAGCUGCCACGAUUUCAGGCGGUGACGAUGUUCCAGGCGCACACGAAGUACCUCACGCGGCUUCUAUUAAGCCCCGAUGUUAAGUUCCUUGCAACGUGCUCAGCAGACACGACCGUGAAGAUAUGGUCGAUCUCGCCACAUUAUGAAUUCAAGCUGGACAAGACGAUGCAAGGUCAUCAGCGCUGGGUGUGGGACUGUGCGUUCAGCGCAGACUCCGCUUAUUUGGUAACAGCUUCGUCCGACCAUACUGCGCGUUUGUGGGAUAUGGCAACAGGGGAGACUGUACGACAAUACAAUGGGCAUCAAAAAGCGGCGGUGUGUUGCGCGCUGCACGACGGCGCGGGCUAG